AGGAUAAUCAGGCUCUUGUAGAUGGAAGGAUGAAGAGAGUCUUCUAAGGUAGCCUGGUGAUCUCUGACCUAUUAUUGUACCUUUAGUCUUUCACUUAAACCCCUUUACUCUGACCUCAGGCCUCGGUGAGUGCCCAGACGCUCGGAUGCAUUUAUCACUGGAUACCAUGAGCAUGGUGGACGACAGCUGCCUCUCACCCAGCAACUUCCACGAAAUGGGGAAAGGUGGGGGCUUCGCUGCGGGAGGCCGCGUCCACAGCAUUGAUGUGAUUCUCGGUUUCAGUAAAGACCAGGACCCCCUGCUCAGUCCUGCAGGGGACCCGGGACCUCAUAAAGUGGACAUAGAUGGUCUGGCCGAGUCUGGGAAGCAGCAGGAGCCCAUGUCACACCCGUCCUACAGCGGACACCUUUCCUCUCUGAGAAACGGCAGCACAGAGCAGCAGCAGCAGCAGUACCACGAUACUGGAUUAUUCACAAAUAAGUGUGAUGAGGAACUGAGUGAGCUGAGGAAGAGUGCAGACAGUGAUGAAGGCAAGUCUCCGGAUCCUUGCAAGGACGAUCAGCCCAAGAAGAAGCACCGGCGCAACCGCACCACCUUCACCACCUACCAGCUGCAUGAGCUGGAGCGUGCCUUUGAGAAGUCCCACUACCCAGACGUGUACAGCCGAGAGGAGCUGGCCAUGAAGGUGAACCUCCCUGAAGUUCGAGUUCAGGUCUGGUUCCAGAACCGCAGAGCUAAAUGGCGUCGGCAGGAGAAAAUGGAUGCCAGCACCAUGAAGCUCCAUGACUCACCCAUGCUGUCCUUCAACCGCCCAGCACCAGUUCACACCAGCAUGGGUCCAAUGACCAACUCCCUCCCCUUGGACCCCUGGCUGACCUCUCCCCUGUCCAGCGCCACACCGGUCCACAGCAUCCCAGGCUUCAUGGGUCCACCUCAAGGCCUCCAGACCAGCUACCCCAGCCACAGCUUCCUCAACUCCACUCCUCAUCCCCCUCAUACUCAUCCUCAUCCUCAUUCUCACCCUCAUCCUCAUCCUCAUCCGUCCAUGGGUCAGGGGAUGCAGAGUAUGGCUCCUCCUCCUUACCAGUGUCCGGCACCGUACCCUGAUAAAUAUCCUCUGGAGGACGUGGACCAGCGCAGCUCUAGUAUUGCUGCACUGAGAAUGAAAGCAAAGGAACACAUCCAGUCUAUGGACAAGACCUGGCAACCCAUGUGACUAACAAACCUGGCAGCCCAUUUGAGUGACAUUGGGAAAUGGAGAUGCUGAAGUUUUUCUUGGGUUUCAGGGUGACAGACAUUGAGUACAAUGUUGGAAAAGAUGGCACUGCCAUGUCUGUUACCCACAGAGCAAAGGACAUGGAUUUUGAACUGUGAAGACCGAGGAUUUUAGGACUUUUAGUUUGGACUUUCUUUUUAUUUUUUCCAGUUUUCCUCAUCUCAAGGACAUGAAGCAGACAAAUAAACUCUGAACUGUUAAAUUUAAACUGUUCUCCCUCCAAUCUGUAGGUGUUUAGUGUUUAGCUUUGGGUGCUGUAAACUGUUGGCAAAUGUCUUCUUGGUGACUGUUGCUCUAAUCACAAUUUGCAUUCCCGGAGCUGAUGCACAAAAAUGUCUUUCCUUAUCAACCACUUUUUAUAACAAACCACAGGGAUGCUUCCCUUUAAUUGAAUGCAAAGGUCUACCCAUAUUCAUGAGCUGAUAUGAUAUCUGCUGAUAUUGGCAUGUUUUCAGGGGUCACAAACAUACUUUGAACCUAUAUGUAGGAAACGGUAAAAUAAUUUUCUCCAUGCCUGGUGAUGUUUAUUCGUCCCUUGUGACAGCUCACAGCAGAGAACAGCAGUUCAUGAACAAAUGUGACAUUAUGAAAAUCACUAAAAUGAAGCAUUGCUGUAGGUAUUACAAUUUUUCUCAUCGCUUUUUUCCUUUAUUUGUGUCAAUCAUCAGACUAAUUGAGUCAGACAAAACAUCACAUUCUAUUGUUCAUUCUUUACUUUUCCCAUUUUCAUCAGCAAGUUUGUGUUUUUACUAAUUAAUCCAAUUGUCGAAUUUUCAUGGGUCAGCUGAUCAGAGUCUCUGAGUACUUUGUGAAUGAAAGUCUGAUCUCAGUUUAAUGUGAGAGCAGCUUUUAAAGAAAAUCAAGGUGCAAAGACAGAUAACAAUAUCUCUCUGACUGUGACUGUAAAUCCACUUCUCUCUCACUAAUCUCCCACUUAUAGUAUGGUUUAUGUUGCUACUUACUGGCUGCCCAGUUUAGACAUUUGAGCCUGUAGUUUAUAGAUACCCUGGUAUAACUGGAGGAUGACGACAGCUCAUGGUUUUCAAUUUACAGGGAGAGGAAAUUCUCCCAAAAUAAUGGAAUCUCACAAACUGUAAACUAGAUAAUUGUGUGGCGGGAAAGUGUUCUAGAGUCAGAGAUAUGAUGGCACCUUCUAAGUGGACCUGGGCUGUGAAUAUACCAAAAAUAAUCCUGCACGAUUAUCUUUUGUCUGAUUUGUGCUGAGAUGCUUUAAAGAAGGAAGGGAGGGAGGAAGGAAGGAAAAGAGGAAGGCUAGUGAACAGAGUAACCCUCUUUUUGCUUGAGUGGCUGCUGGAGGAGAAAACCUGUUGGCAGCUCAGUGUUGGGUGGCUGCGUGUACGUGCAGGGCAGCAGAAAGAGCCCUGUGUGAUGCAUCACCCCACAUAGUUUAGUCUUUGUUCGGCACAAUUGAUCCAAGUGUAUCCUCUUUGUCUGAAAUUGAACGGGGGGAAACGGUCUCAGGCUGCACUAAAUAGGCCCUUGUAACCAUUUUGCCAUGGAAGUUUUUUUUUCUCUCUUUCUUAAUCAAAGGAGGAGAAUCGUGGAUUGUAGCUGCUACGGUCAUUAGUGACACAAUAUUGGUCUUUUACCAUCUGUUACAGAGUAAAGCUCCAAUUAUCUUAAAGGUACAGAAGAUCAGCUCUAAACAGUAUAUUUCAUUUGAACAGUAGAGCUAAAAUUACUAGUAUUUUGUACUGAGAUAUUUAGGAUCUACAGCAGCUCACAAAACUAAAUAUGCGCAGGCAGAAAAGUUAUAUGGUAACUUUUAUGACUUGGUUAUGGAGCAAGGGGGAGAGAAAAUCAUUCAUCUCAAAGUGCAAUUUCAGAAUCCUUUUUAUUUUUUGUAUUUUUUUUUUUUAAAGGAGAGUCAUUUUACCCAUAACUGCCCAUUGCAUGGUUGUGAUAUUUCACUUAAUGUGAUUUGAAAAUUGUGCUGACAGCAAGUCAUAAAUACAGCUACAACAGCAGCAAGAACAACAACCAUAUGUAGUCAUUUCUGGUUCAUUGGAAAAAAAACCCAUUGUUGUACUGUUCAGAGAGGGGAAACACAGUGUUGCAUCUGCUGCUCAUGAUCAGUCGUCAUGUAGUUCUUUUUUAAUGUUGUUGGUUAGUGAUGUUUAGACUUCCUGUUGGACAAUGCCAGGACCACAGAGGAAAUGAGGAUUACCUUGCACAUUAAGAGCUUCUUUAGGAUGCUACAUAAAUGUGAUUUUGGACCAAGAAUAAGCCAAAGGUUAGAUAAUGGACAAAACUGCACUAGAUGUUUGCCAGUUUUCUUUUUUUUUUAUGUGAAAAUGCACAGGAUAUUGUUUCCUGUAUGGCUGUUUUGUUUCUUACAUGUUGUAGUUAUAUCUGUCU